ACUCCAGGCAACAAACCAGGCAGCAGCCCUCGAGGUCAAACCCCAGAUGAGACUGGACGUCGUCAAGGGCAGGGCCAUGAAGCUAAUUCCUCUGUUUCUGACUUGGCCAACUCAGUCACCAGCGACAUGCUCAUGUUAUCCCCAGGGUCAGAGGAAGAUGACCACGAGGGUCCGGUCUGUGAGAAGCUAGGUCGUAUUCAGUUCAGUGUUGGAUACAGCUUUCAAGAUUCCACCCUCACAGUUAAAAUUCUUAAGGGCCAAGAGCUGCCUGCAAAAGAUUUUUCAGGCACUUCUGAUCCAUUUGUCAAACUUUACCUGCUGCCAGACAAGAAGCACAAACUGGAGACUAAGGUCAAGAGGAAGAAUCUAAAUCCCCAUUGGAAUGAGACCUUCUUGUUUGAAGGGUUCCCCUAUGAGAAGGUGGUUCAGAGGACUCUGUACCUGCAGGUUCUUGACUACGACCGCUUCAGCAGGAAUGACCCCAUAGGAGAGGUGUCCAUCCCCCUCAACAAACUGGACCUGGCCAACAUGCAGACUUUCUGGAAGGAGCUGAAACCCUGUAGCGAUGGCAGUGGAAGUCGAGGGGAUCUGCUUGUCUCCCUAUGUUACAACCCAACAGCCAACACCAUCACUGUGAGCAUUAUCAAAGCCCGGAACCUCAAAGCCAUGGACAUCGGAGGCACUUCUGACCCCUAUGUAAAAGUGUGGUUGAUGAACAAGGACAAGCGUGUGGAGAAGAAGAAGACAGUGGUAAUGAAGCGCUGUCUGAACCCUGUUUUCAACGAGUCCUUCCCCUUUGAUGUGCCUGCCCACGUGUUGAGGGAGACCACCAUAAUUAUCACUGUCAUGGACAAGGACAGGCUCAGUCGCAAUGAUGUCAUUGGAAAGAUUUAUCUUUCAUGGAAGAGUGGCCCUGCAGAGGUAAAGCACUGGAAAGACAUGAUGGGACAUCCUCGUACUACUGUAGCCCAGUGGCAUGCUCUCAAAGCC